AUGGGUCCUCUUCACUCGGCGGAAUCUGAGCGGGGGAUGAGGGUGCUGGAGGUCUACGUGGGGGCGCUGAAUCGGGGGCUCGAGAAGGCCAUCGCCGGCGCCAGUUUAUUUUCUGUAGGGAUGGAUGAUGAGGACGAUCCAUCAGCAACUCUUGAUCAGGUCCUAAAUGACACAAAGAGGGUUGGUUUCUUCAAAGCAUAUGUUGGUGCGGUGGCAGAAGCGAUAAAGGAUGGUGCCGAUGUUCGUGGAUACUUUGCAUGGUCAUUCUUGGAUAACUUUGAGUGGGCAAUGGGAUUCACCAAGAGGUUUGGGCUUGUCUAUGUUGAUUACAAGAACGGGCUCUCCCGACACCCUAAAGCAUCAGCCAUGUGGUUCUCACGCUUCUUGAACGGCGAGGCUGCUUACAACAAACCUGACACAAAUUAAGCCCGCUUUCA